UCUUAUAAGACCUUGGUCUGCCGUACGCGUUUCCCGUUCAGUACGUCCAGCGCUCUUCUGCAAUGGAGCUCCUCCGCACAUCUCUACUGCUGGCAGUAGUGCCAGUACUAGUUCUAAGUCUACCCUACUCAGAAGAGGGCUCCAAUAGCAAGCGUUCCUCAGGUCCGCUGUGUUUUGCGUGUACCCUGUCUGAUGACCCUGGUCAAUGUACCCGGACAGUCCGGUGUGAGGAGGAUGAGGUAUGUUACGUAGAAAAGGUGACAAUAACGGGAACGACUGACAAGUUCAACCAGGGCUGUACAAGACAGCAGGUUUGCUCUGCGUUCCACGGAACGGGACCGUUGGUAGGGAAACGUGAGAACAGCCGGUCUCGAUCCCUCUCCAACAUGGGCAAGCGUGUCAUACCAAGGUGUAACGAGUGUUGCAAUGGGGACAUCUGUAAUACAAACCAGUGUGGUACAGGAGCUACAACAGCUCCUCCUCCGACGGUACCACCAAACAGCACCACAUGGGCCCGUUUAAUUGGAGGUUCAAAUCCCUAUGAAGGACGCGUGGAGUUGUUCCAUUCUGGUCGAUGGGGAACGGUUUGUGAUGAUAACUGGGGUGGAGAGGAAGCGGCCGUUAUUUGUGGAAUGCUUGGAUUUGGACGUGAUGGCGCUGGAGCUGUACCGGUUGCUGGAUUUGGAUCUGCGCCUACCUAUGCCCAUAUCUGGCUUGAUGAAGUGAACUGCACAGGAACCGAGACAAUUAUAGACCAAUGUCAACACAACGACUGGGACAAAAACGAUUGUACACAUAGAGAGGAUGCGGGUGUUGAGUGUUCACCAAUGCGAACACAGGACAACUUCAUACUACUUGUGGAUACUGGAGUGGGUGGCCUUAUAUUUCGAAUGGACAUAGACACACAAAGUUUCACUCCUAUCCCGAUGAACCCUCUGUAUACACCUUCAGCACUCGACUAUGAUCCAACAGACGGCCGUAUCUACUUUGUGGAUCCUACCCUCCGACAGCUUCUUAGUGUUCACUUCAGCGGUACUGACAUCAGGGAACUUAAGCAACUCGACGCAAAUGCAGACUUAGAGAAAGUAGCAGUAGAUCCCAUCAACAGGGUAUUGUUCUACGCUGACACCGGUAACGACUUCAUCGCCUCCAUUAACCUAGACGGGAGUAACUUUAAAGUUCUUGCUAACGAUACUGUAGACGAACCACGUGACUUAGCAAUAGAUCCCCAAAACAGAGUGGUGUACUGGACCGACUGGGGGAGCUCGCCAAAGAUCGAGAAAAUGAAUUAUGAUGGAACCGGUCGACAGGCUAUUGCAUCCACCAACAUGAAAUGGCCAAACGGACUCGCUUUGGACUAUACAACCAACAUUCUGUACUUCGUGGACGCGAGUACUGAUCAGAUAGAGAAGAUAAACACGGACGGUACGGGCCGUUCUGUCGUCAUGUCUGAUCCUGGUUCACACAUGUUCGCGCUAUCACUUUACAAACAGUACAUAUAUUACACCGACUGGACAAGCAGUUCCGUGAUGAGGGUGAACAAAGACGGCACUGGAAAGACUACUGUAGGACCCCCAUCCUUCAAACAGCUUGCAGACAUCCACGUACAACACUAUGGUUCAGGCAUGCCAGGUAUCGUUACUCCAGCUCCCAUCGUACAAGAUGAGACACACAUGUUUGUUCGCUUGCUGGGCAGCGGAAACCACAACGAGGGCCUGGUGGAGGUGUACGCUAACGGAGUGUGGGGUACCAUCUGUGACGACGGCUGGACCAACGCAGACGCUAGCGUCAUAUGUGAUAUGAUGGGAUUUGGCAAAGCUAAUGCUGUUGCUGUCAACGAGUCUCGUUACGGAAGUGACGGCAACGUUCUAAUAUUUUUGGAUUCGGUCAACUGUACUGGGCAGGAGUCUCAUAUUGCGCAGUGUACACUACCAAGUGACUGGGGAGUACAUGAUUGCAGCCAUAGCGAAGACGCCGGGGUCACCUGUCAAUUAGAUCCCACAACGAUCAAGAGUUUUGUAUUGAUGGCCGACUCAUAUAGUUCUGAGGUCUACCGAAUGGACUUAGAAACCGGAAGUUACUCCGCUAUUCCAAACACCAAUGUAUAUUCACCUAUUGCUGUUGACUACGAUCCUGUCAGCCACAAUGUGUUCUACACAGACGUCCGAGCGGGUAUCAUCAGACAGACAAGUCUAGACGGGGCCACACAGAAGGAUUUAUUACAGCUCAACAGAAUUGCUACCCCGGAUGGUUUGGUCGUUGACGACACAAAUCGUCUGCUCUUUUACACCGAUACUGGAAAUGACGUCAUUGGUAAAAUCGGUAUCGAUGGUACUGGACAGUCAAAUAUCAUCACGACAAACUUAAAUGAACCAAGAGCGAUAGCCGUUGACAAGAAAAACCAGGUGGUAUAUUGGACAGACUGGGGCAGUAACCCUAAGAUAGAAAAGGCUAACUAUGACGGGAGCGGCAGACAGGUGAUCGCCAACGGUACCGGAUUGAACCUCCCCAACGGACUUACUUUCGACGAGAAAGACAACAAGCUGUACUUCUGUGACGCGGGAACCAACAAGAUUGAGGUGAUGAACACCGAUGGCAGUUCCAGACAGGUGUUGUUUGAGGACUCCGGGGCGCACUUCUUCGGGGUGGAUACCGACGAAGAGUUCAUCUAUUUCUCCGACUGGACCAAAGAUGGAGUGAUGAAGAUAGAGAAAUCCGGAGUGUCGGAGAUUCCUAUUGGACCCCCAAGCUUUGUUCGUCUUAAUGGAGUGGCAGUUUACAAGUCUAACUCUGGCUAAGAUACCAGGAAUCCGUCAAGACAAGUUAUUCCUGAAAGUGCCAGCAACAAUUGAAUGACUUAUAGUAAUGGGUGUAGAAAGGAAAAUUGUGUUUUUCAUGUUUUUUGUUCUAAUAAAAUGUUUUGUUAUUUAAACAA